GGUGUCGGUGGGGGACCCCACCAGGGUGGGUGCGCGGUCCCGAUUCCCGGCGCGUGCAUGUGGGCUGCGCGCGACCGGCCGGGUGGGGCUCACACGCCAGGUGUUGGAGCGCGGGCCAGGUGCGCGCGUCCCUUGGUGUCGGCGGCGCCGAGCACGCGCACCUGCCUCCAGGUGGCUUUCGCGGGCGCGCGCAGGGGGGGCCGGGCGUGCUCUGCGGGUGCGCGCGUGUGUACGCUCACCGCUGUGCGUGAGGACGCGCGGGCCGGGUUGCUUUAUGGGGGCGCCCAGUCGAGGACAGGAUUGGGAACUCACUGCCCCCCACCCACACCUUGCCAUUGCCCUGGGGACAUGGAGAGGCAGCCAGGGGCCCUCAGCCCCGUAGCGGAGGACUUUGGUGCCUGGGUCCUGGGCAGGGGGAGUCACAGAGGUUCCUCUGGGGGACCGCGGAGCCAGUAAAGCUGGGCCGCUGCCGCCCGCCCCCUCCGCGCCCUGGGGUCAGAGGUUCUUGGGAAUGACCUUGACUCAUCUCUGUGUCCACGGAGCCCGGCCACUGACCAGGAAAGAGGAAGAGUCGGGCUCAGUCAGGUGGCACCCAGCUCCCCGCACUGCUGGUGGCGGGCCCGGAGCCAGCCAUUUCCCAACCCCGUGCCAGCCUGGGACCACUGCCUCUGUGCCUGUCUCGUGCCUCAGUUUCCCUUUGAGGCAAUGGCGGGGUGAGGCUCUGUGGCUUCCUGGUGGGCAUUUUAUGUCUGUGCCUGGCUAAGGGAUUUCCCUAGGUGAACCCCGCUUUCCCCGCGCCUGGCGCCUCUGCCCAUCACAGCGAGGAUGCCAACGAGGCGCUGGGCCCCCGGCACCCAGUGCAUCACCAAGUGCGAGCACUCGCGCCCCAAGCCGGGGGAGCUGGCCUUCCGCAAGGGCGACGUGGUCACCAUCCUGGAGGCCUGCGAGAACAAGAGCUGGUACCGCGCCAAGCACCACGCGAGCGGGCAGGAGGGGCUGCUGGCGGCGGGCGCGCUGCGGGAGCGCGAGGCCCUGUCUGCGGACCCCAAGCUCAGCCUCAUGCCGUGGUUCCACGGGAAGAUCUCGGGCCAGGAGGCGGUGCAGCAGCUGCAGCCGCCGGAGGAUGGGCUGUUCCUGGUGCGGGAGUCCGCGCGACACCCGGGCGACUACGUGCUGUGCGUCAGUUUCGGCCGCGACGUCAUCCACUACCGCGUGCUGCACCGGGACGGGCACCUCACCAUCGACGAGGCCGUGUGCUUCUGCAACCUGAUGGACAUGGUGGAGCAUUACAGCAAGGACAAAGGACCCAUCUGCACCAAGCUUGUGAAGCCCAAGAGGAAACAGGGCACCAAGUCGGCAGAGGAGGAGCUGGCCAAGGCUGGCUGGCUCCUGGACCUGCAGCACCUGACGCUGGGCGGGCCCAUCGGAGAGGGGGAGUUCGGAGCCGUCCUGCAGGGCGAGUAUCUGGGGCAGAAGGUGGCGGUGAAGAAUAUCAAGUGCGAUGUGACAGCCCAGGCCUUCCUGGACGAGACGGCGGUGAUGACGAAGCUGCAGCACCGGAACCUGGUGCGGCUCCUGGGCGUGAUCCUGCACCAGGGCCUGUACAUCGUCAUGGAGUACGUGAGCAAGGGCAACCUGGUGAAUUUCCUGCGCACGCGGGGCCGCGCCCUCGUCAAUGCCACUCAGCUACUGCAGUUUGCGCUGCACGUGGCCGAGGGCAUGGAAUACCUGGAGAGCAAGAAGCUGGUCCACCGCGACCUCGCCGCCCGCAACAUCCUGGUGUCUGAGGACCUGGUGGCCAAGGUCAGCGACUUCGGCCUGGCCAAAGCCGAGCGCAAGGGGCUGGACGCAAGCCGGCUGCCAGUCAAGUGGACUGCGCCGGAGGCGCUCAAGCACGGGAAGUUCUCCAGCAAAUCAGACGUGUGGAGUUUCGGGGUGCUCCUGUGGGAAGUCUUCUCCUAUGGAAGGGCCCCAUACCCCAAGAUGUCGCUGAAGGAGGUGUCGGAGGCGGUGGAGAAGGGGUACCGCAUGGAGCCCCCCGAGGGCUGCCCGGGCCCGGUGCACGCGCUCAUGGGCAGCUGCUGGGAGGCGGAGCCCGCGCGCCGGCCGCCGUUCCGCAAGGUGGCGGAGAAGCUGGCGCGGGAGCUGCGCAGCGCGGGCGCCUCGGCCCCCGGCGGGGGACAGGACGCCGACGGCUCCUCCUCGCCCCGAAGCCAGGAGCCCUGAGUCCCGAGGACCGAGGCGGCGGGUGCAGGGCCGGGUGCGGGGCUCAGGGCGGCCGGCGGAGGGCGCAGGCCGAGGGCGGAGGGCGAUCGCCGCGGUAAAGACUGAUUCCGAGGGGCA